ACACACACACACACACACACACACACACACAGCGCAAACUUUACAAGUGCAGUGCAUGCGUAUGAAUCUAAACACAGAAGGACAUUUUUGAGCGUAGAAGUGGGUUUAAAAUGGAGACGCGUCUCGACGAAGUAACAAGCGGAUCUCUCCCCCAUUCCGUGAAGCAGUGGCAGCUCGCUAGCACCGACUACGAAUUGAAGUCAGUCCGGACGCCUCCUCAGACUGGACGGACCCCCGGACCGGGUCGGGGCUCGUCCGGGACUCGCUUUAGCGCGUGGACUCCACUGGUCCACAAGCCAUCCAACCAGCAGUUGUUCCAGGAGCGCAGUGUUCUGCUCCUCCAUUGGUUCGAUCUCUGGAGCGACACGCAACGAAAGCAGCUGCUGCACGCGCUGCUGACGAGGUGCAGCCAAUCACAGCUCAAGCUCUGCCGGGACUGGCUGAUGGCCUCUCUCCCGGUGGUCCGGGUGGACUUCACCGCCGUGCUGCCUCGGUUCCUGGGCCUCUACGUCCUGUCCUUCCUCUCCCCCCGCGACCUCGCCGCCGCCGCCCAGGUCAGCUGGCACUGGAGGAGCCUGGCCGAGCAGGACUGCCUAUGGUCCGGCCGGUGCCUCCGUCGGGGGUGGUUCCUUCCUUACUCCCCCGGGGUGAGGGAGGGAGGGGCCUGGCGGGACCACUAUGUCUCCUGCGUCUCCACCCUGGACUGGAGCCCCGCCCUGGGGGCCGGGGGCCCGGCCGACACCCCCCCUCUUGGGGUCUGGGAGGAGGUGGAGGAGGAGGAGGAGGAGGAGAGGAGGAGAGAGUUCAUCAGAGAGAGACUGCACCAGGAGAAGGGGGAGUUAGGGGGGGAGAUAAAGGGGGAGAUGGAAAGGGAGACACUCUUCUCUCCUACAGGCCUGCGUCUGAGGACCAGGCGGGCCUGGGGCAGUCGCCUGCCCUCCGCGGCCCACCCGCGGUGGCCCGUCCCUGAGGAGACGGUGAGCGGUGGCCCCUGGCCGUCCUGGAGCUCAGCGGGAGAGGGUGUGGUCCCCGGGGUGGGGCUGAUACACAGAGAGGGGAAGGGGACGGCUGGGUCAUCGCUGAGGGCUGGGAGAGCCGCCAUGAUGUCUGGAGGACUCGGACGGAGCAGAAGAGAGGGAGAGCUGACCUCCACCCUCUCUACACCCCCUCCUCCCCCUCUAAACCCCCCCGUCCCAGUGCUGCUGGUGUCCAACAGGAUCCCCGCCUACGAGCUGGUGAUGUGUGGUACCAGGUCAGAGGUGGUGCUGGUUCUCUACGACCAGAGGGGCACCCUUCCGGCCCUCCUAGCCCAGCUGCAGAGGGCCCUGGCUGGGCGCGCCGCCUGCCGGCUCGGCCUCCUCUGCCCCGGAGGCACGGAGGAACUGGAGGUGGUCCGCGGUGUCAGCCUGUCAGAGCGGAGUGUGCUGGUCCCCAGCACCAGGGACUUCUGGGAGAGAAUGUGUGGCUGGGUCAUACCAAGUGAAAAAGGAGGAGGGGUGGAUAUCUUUUCACCCCUCGCUGCCUCUGCCAGAGGGGUCGCUCUCAUGUUGACCCUGUCCACCAUCACCGGUCUGGAGGUCUGUGCUCCCAUGGGGCUGGCCACCGGAAGCUUCCAGAACAUCUUGAGUAGAUGGACGUCCAGCAGCAGCCGUCACCUCCGUGUGCGUGAGGAGGAGGAGGAGCUUGAGGAGGAGGAGCUUGAGGAAGAGGAGGAGCUUGAGGAGGGGGGCGGGGCCCACGCGCUACGCUACGUCCAUGAGGCCGUGCUGAGGGGGUGGUGCCUCCAGGCCCAGUGGAUGAAGGAGGCCCUGGGGGAACUUAGGGGCCUCUUUGGGCCCCGGUUGCACGGGGUCAGCCUGGAGGCCCGGGGCCGUGCCCUGGGUCACUUCCUGUGGGACAGGGUGUCCCUGGAGGACGUGUGUGUCUCCGCCCCCCUGGCCCGGGCUCUGAUCGAGGGGCUGUCCGUGCUGAAGGGGGGGGCGGAGACUCGGCCGCUGCGGUCGCUGGCGGCGUUCCUGUUCCGACGGAGUGAGGAGGAAGAGGAGGUGAAGGAGGACGGACAGCCCACAGACUCGGAGGACAGGGGAACAGAGGGGGGAGAAGACCUCCUAAGGGCUGGCCCCGCCCCUUUACCUGAGCUGGCUCAGAUGGCUCUAGACUGGAGGGGGGCGGUGGUGAAGGAGUUGUAUCACAGUGAGCAGCAAUACCAGUCCAGACUGGCCUCUGUCUUAAAGGUGUACCACGAGCCCCUCACUGCGGCGGUGGACUCUAAUCGACCAAUCAUCAGCCAGACCAGUGUCCAUGUGAUCCUCAGCCCUGUGGAGCAAAUCCUGCACCUCAACAGGGCAUUCCUGCGGGCCCUGGGGCCCCGGCUGGCCCUCUGGGGCCCCGGUCAGUGUGUGGGGGCAGUCCUCCUCCAGCUCUGCUCUAAGCUCCGCCUCUACCUCAACUACCUCCACCAGUACCCCGCCGCUCUGAGGGCCGUGGACGAGUGCAGGGAGAAGAUCCCGGCCUUCCGGGCAUUCCUGAAGAGGGCCGACAGAACGAUAGCGACGCACAUGUUGAGCCUCCCAGAGCUGCUGCUCUCCCCUCUCUGGCGGCUGGAGGAGUACGUCACUCUGCUCCAGGCUCUCUCUCUGACCACGCCCCCAGACCACCCUGACCACGCCCCCCUGGCCCACGCCCUCGUCGCCAUGACGCGCCACCGCGAGUUCAUACAUAAGAUGAAGAGUAGCUCGGAGAGAGACCGACUGAUGGAGGAAACCCAGAGAGAGAUCAAGGGCUGUCCGGACCUCCGUGAGGGGGACAGGCAGCUCAUCCUGACCCAGGACGCUGCCUUGCUCCAGAGCCCUGGGGAAGACCUCCCCCACUCCCUGAGGACCUACCAGCAGGUGUGUGACCUCGGCCUCUUCCUCUUCAACGACGCCCUCGUCCUGACGAAGAGGAGUGUGGACCACGCCCCCUUCUCGCUCGCCCAACGCACCACACACACCUUCCUGGCCUCGGUCGCCCUCGGCUGCCUGGACGCCCGCGAGAUCACACACUCCCGCUACGUCCACAAUGCCUUCAUCCUGGAGGGUCCGUCUCGUUCGUGGGCGUGCUCAACCGAGCGAGCCGAGGACUCUGAGUGCUUCCUGUCUGCGCUGCGAUCGGCCGCUCUCGCCGCCCUCACACCACAGGGGUGAUGCGUCCAAUCAGGUCGAUCUGGGGACACGCCCACUACAUGACACGCCACCUCAGUACCCUAACAGCUCCUGACGAGCUGGCUGUCGCCCUGCAUGGUUGACUCCGCCGUCGGUGUGUGAAUGUGUGGGU